UCUAAUGACAUUUUACCAGAAUAGCAAACCAACUGACUCAACAAAACAUUUUUCUAUUCACAUGAACGGCUCAACUCCCCUCAGGAAUGGAGUAAAACAGCAACAACCUAGACAUUCAAUAAUUUCAAAUUUGUCUAGUAGAGAUGAGCUGUUUGCUGAUGAUUUGCUUUAUACUAGAGAAGAGAGUUUUUGUACUUACACACCGCUGAAGAUUCUUGUGACGACAUUCAAUGUGAAUGGUCGACGACCUCCAACUAACUUGAGUGAUUGGCUUUCUUUUGACUUGAAUUCGCCUCCUGAACUGAUUGUUAUUGGUCUACAAGAAAUGGACCUCGCUUUGGGUAGUUAUGUUGUUGACAAUAAUGUGAAGGAGAAUGAAUGGUUAUUUACUCUACAACGGAAUUUGCCUCACACUUAUCGAAUGGUCGAGUCCAGCCGCCUAAUCGGAAUUUUUAUGGCAAUUUUUUGUAAAAGAGGUUUGAAGAUUUCCGUCUCCGAUUCAUUUAUUUCUUCCAUCCCAACUGGUUUUCUCAAUUUGGGUAAUAAAGGAGGUGUUGGAAUUAGUAUUAGAUUGAAUGAUACUUCCAUUUGUCUUAUUAAUUCGCAUCUACCUGCGGGUAAUGAACUGAACAAGCGCAACCAGGACUUUCGACUAAUUUCACAAAUGCGUUUCAAUAACGGGUUUGGUAUUUUUGACCACGAUGCAGUUAUUUGGUUGGGUGAUUUGAAUUAUCGUCUUGACACCCCUCUAAGUUAUGAAGAAGUUAUUAGACGAUUACAAGAUCAUAAAUUUGCUCAACUUUUUUAUUUUGAUCAGCUCAAAGAACAGCAACGGCUUAGGGUGGCUUUCAAUGGAUUUUUUGAACAACAACCGUCUUUCAGACCAACAUACAAGUUUGAUCCUGGCACACACAAUUGGGACACAAGUGAGAAGAAGCGAAUACCUGCUUGGUGUGAUCGAAUACUUUAUUGGAUAAGAGAUAAAAAUGUUCGUUUAGAGCAAUUAACAUAUUCAUCUGCGGAGAAGGUUGUAUUCAGCGAUCACAAGCCAGUUCUAAGCCUUUUCAAUUUGCAUGUAAAGAAGAUUGAUCAAGACAAGAGAAAUGCUGUAUACGAACAGUUGCUUCGUGAAGUUGACAAGAAACAAAAUGAAUUGUUGCCACAAAUAUCGUUAUCACAAACUGAGUUUAAUUUUGGUACAAUUUAUUUUGAUCGUCCUGUAGUUGCUGAAUUAACAAUUAAAAAUACUGGACAAGCACCAACACAUUUUAUUUUUAAAUCUGCAAAAAUGGAAAAUGAAGAACACGAGAAAUGGCUUACAAUAACUCCACAAUCUUCGUUUUUGGAUGUUGGUGUAACAGUAGAAGUAACCCUUCAAAUAUUAGUGUAUGAUGAAAAUGCUUGUAAUAUUCAAACAAAUAAUACCCAAUUAAAUUCAAUUUUAAUUGUUCAUUUAAAUGGUGGAAGGGAUUAUUUUAUUGUAAUUGAUGCAAGGUAUUCAAGAGAAGUUGAAGAAGAAGAUCUUAUUUCUUUUUGAUUAAAACAACGAAAAAAUUUUUAAAUUUAAGGGGGCGGUCCUUAAAAAAUUAAAAAAUUAUUUUAAAAUUGGGGGAAAAAUUAAUUUUUGGGAUCAAAUGUCUUUCUAAAAAUUUUUUAAAAAAUCGAAAAAAUAUUUUUUCGCGUCAGAGGACCGUGCCUUUUUAUUAAAAAUAUUUUUUUGAUACUGCUAUACUCCAUUCCUCUCUUCUCUUCAUCUUCUAUUUUUUGCGAUAUUCGGUAUUAUUUUCCCCUUUACUCAUUAUGACUGUAAUAUUCCCCCUUUUAAUAUUUCUAGCAUAAUCUAUUUGAAGCCCAACUCCUUUUUGACAAAAAAAACAUUGAAAAUUAGGAGUUGGGCAUUAUUUCGUCUAAAUAGUUUUAUUGUAUUUGUUCUACUCAAGGCCUCUCAUCCCAUAAAAAAUUUAUUUUUUCAAGACCUCGAUAAACUACCAAAAAUGUGUU